GAGAGAGGAGCGGAGCGGGAGAGUCCCACACGUGCACUUUUUUCUUGCAUCAUUCAUACAUAUUUAUUUACAUGAAAUCAGGAAUAAACAAACUUCCAAACAAAAUUUAGCUGAAAUAUAAAAUUCAAUUGACGCCAGUAAUAUCAUGGCUGGCCCAAACAAACCCUUAGCAAAUGUGGUUUACCGGAGUCUUGGACAAGUAUGGGAAGCUUUGGGGCUCUAUUCGCUAUCGCCAGAAAUAAAGCAUUUGACUGCACUUUGCAUUAAUCGUGGACUGCUGGACAAAUCUGCUGGAGAAAGCAUCGCCACAUCAUUCAGAGACCGUUCGUGUCCAUUCAUUGUGAUUGAGGGGAUGGAUGGCACAGGAAAAACCACGUUGACAAAGUGUUUGGCAAGCAAACUGAAUAUGAAACAGAUAUCGACUCCACCGAAACUUCCUGAAUUCCAGCAAGCCCGACCAUUUUUUGAUAACCAGCCGGAAAGUCUUCGACGAGCGUAUUAUUCUCUCGGAAAUUACUUGGCUGCUCAAGAUGUAGUUGAUUGUAAAGGACCUGUUGUGAUGGAUAGAUUUUGGCACAGUACAGCUGCGUAUGCAAUGGCUCAUCAAAUAAAAACUUUGGGAGAACAGCCAAAGUCGGAAGAUUUUAUUUGGCCAGAUGAUCUCCUGAAACCAGACCUUGUAAUUUUUCUUCAAGUAUCUGAACAAGAGCGAAUUAGACGUCAUACUAAUCGUAAAGAUUUUACCAACACUGCAGAAGAACAAACACUAGCAGACAACGAAUCAUUUCGUAAUAGUUUGACUGAAAUUUACCGGAAGAUAGCUGGUCCUAAAUUUCUGGAGCUGAAUGUCGACGGUGAGCAGCCACUCGUUGAAGACAAAAUCUUAAAAACAGUGAUUGAACAUUUCCCUAUGUUAGAAUAUGCUGAGAAGCAAACUGGUAUGCAUUGUUGAAUAAAUUCGUGUCAUAAUAUA